AUGGAUGCGUUGUACAGGGAAUUUGAAGAGGCAGCCAUAAAUUUUGAUAGGAAUAAACUUGAUAGUAUUAUGAAGCAGCCACAACCGUAUGACAUUUGUCGAUAUAUUCUAGAAAAUUCAUGCGAGUCUCCUGUUAUAUACUUUGUUGGAGAAUGGCUGUCCAGAGCUAUCAUUCGUGAAUGGAAUUCAGAACUGCGCACUGAGGGUUUCGAAAGAUUAACAGAGGAUAAUAUAGCGCAAACGAAACCCUACAAACUUGUAGAGUUUCUAACCAAUUAUGUUUUUAGUAGGAAUUUUGAGAUAAGCGUUGGGGCUCAACAGAAAAUUCUCAGCCCAGUAGGGAUCGUCGCUAAACUAUCCGCUUUAGAAGAAGUUGCUAAAAAUGCUUCUAUUUCCCAAAGAGGGCAAGGAGAUUUGUGUACUUUUCUGAAAAUGUUAAUUCUAAACAUCACUGCUAACUUUUCCCCAAUCGUACCCUUUUCCACCUUCGAGCGUGAACGGUCCAGAAUUCUGUUCGGUUUGGCACUUUUUUCAGUACUUCUCAGUGAAUUUUCUAAUGAUAACUCGGUGUACGAUUGUCUAGACCUUCCUAUCGCUUUCUUCGACACUAUGCGUGAUAGAUUUGAGAAUUUUGAAUGGGUUGAGUUAUUUCGAUUGUUAAUUGCGUUAAUUGGGAGGCUACUAUCUGAAUCUGAUUGGGUAGCCUUACUUCAAAGCGAUGAUGCUUUAACAUUUCGUUUGGUUAACUGCCUCGAGCUUGUUACAUCAAUCGAUCUUCACAAAAAGAAUGUAAGACGGAGAGGGGUUGAUUCGGAAUAUUGUCUGGCAAUUGAUAGUAGAUGGGAAUCAGCGCUUGGUACAGAUUGUAUUUCAAACUGCCUUUCCGUAUUAAUGAAGUUUUACGCUCUUUUACGGGAGAAAGAGGACUAUAGUCAGCGCAUCUUAACUUCAAUUGCGACAAUUUUUUCAGUGGUAUUUAUCGAUCAGCAUGAGGCUUAUAACGUCGAACAUUCGGCUAUCUGUAUGAGCGCAUUGGCUCGGGGUCUUGUUCCGUUAAAUAUAAACCCCUUUGAGGGCAUCUCCGCCAAUUUAAUAUCCACCUCGGAAUCAACUGUGUAUAAACCCCUUCAACUCACAUUGGACAGCCCCCCACCAAUUCAUAUUCGAUUCGCCGAAGUAGAGGACAAAUUCAAGCCCAUUGGCAACAUCAUACGACCCGAUGAGCUACCCUUACUGGCCCUUAUGUGUGGGUCUUUCUUCAAAAAGGUGCGAAUAUUGUUGCGAUUGAUUGUAAGGUACUUCGAUUCUACGGAUGAAAUGAGUAAUACUGAGGUGUUGGCCAAAUUCUCGGCUACCGUUUUCUAUCUCAAUGCGGCAUUUGAGUUCUUGAAUUUUGCAAAAAACAUUCUCUAUGCGUGUCUAAUUCUUGGAGCUGGAGUGAUACAGCAGGCUGGUUUGAAUCAAGAUGAAUUUCAGAAUGCUCUGUUGUCUGCACACGAAGCGAGUGAAAGGAUUCUGAUGCUCCUCAGGGAUACUUAUUGCUCGCAUACGUACCAAUGUGAAACUGACAUUCCUAUCCCUCUCACUACCGGAGAAAAGGCAGGACGGGACUAUUUGGCCUAUCAGCUGAAGCAGUCAUACAUUCAAACGCGCAAGUACUUUGAAACCCAUCUGAGAGAUGUUGUUCGUGUGUGCAUUGCUUCGCGCAUUGCGCCACCGGAUGGCUUCCGAAAUGAUAGCAAUUUGUGUCGAGUCGAUGCGGAUUCGCCUAUUCAGGAUGCGGAAUACUUUGAAAUGAGCCUCCACGAAAUUGGAGCAUUGACUGAUGAAUUUGAAGCUGACUUUGCUAACGGUGUCAUUGAAGAACUCAGGUUGUUGCUCUCAAACCGUGCUGAUCAAUGGGUGCAACUUGGGAGUGCCACGCCGAAGGCGGUGUUUGAUGAUAUCCAUCAAAUCCUCCUCUUUUUGGGACACAUUCUUGUCGUGGGAACCGCUGAGUUUGACACCACAAGAGGGGUUGAACAGGGCUGGGAAAAGCAGCUUAAGGUGCGUGAAGACCUCGUAGAUAUUCAAUUUUUCACCCUCAUCUCUUUUUAG